AUGAGCAAUAAGCAAAUAAUGGAAGAAAACAUCUAAAAUGAUGAAUUGUAAGUGAAUUCUUUGCCUUUUGUAAAAACUGUACGUAGUAUUUAAAAUUCUGCAUAGGUUUCAAACUUAAACGAAGAAAAAAUAUAUAAUUAUUCUCAAUAUGCGCUUAAUUAGUUCAGAGAUUAAGAAGGAAGAGAAGAAGAAGGUGAAGAAGAUGAAGAUUAAUAUGAAUCUAGCACUAAAAGGUAACAAGAUUUAGAAACAAUAUAAGUGAAAUUAGUAGAAAUAUUUAAAAGAUUUAAAAUAAGGAGAGUUGCUUAAAAACUAAUAAACUCUAUCAGAUCAAGAAUGCUUAAAAAUAUGUCUAGUUUGCAAUAUAAUUUCUUGAAUGAUAAAUGUUAAGAUUUUUCAGAUAUAAAAAACUCUAAUUCAUUUAAAAAAAUCAAUCGAAAACUGCCAUUAAGUAAGUUUUUUAAAUAAGUUAGAAAAACUAUUGAUUAACUACCUGUGAUUAAUCCUAUGAGUAUUUCAAAGAAAUUGUGGGACACCUUAAUUGUAAUAGUUCUACUUUACUCAUUUUUUAUUAUUCCGAUUAUGGUAAGCUUUGGUAUAGAUGAUGAUAUUGUUUUAUUGAAUUACUCAAUUGAACAAAUUUUUGUUUUUAAUGUUCUUGAUAUUUUUAUACAUAUCAAUACUGGAUUUUAUGAACAUGGAAUCCUUUGCAAUAGUAGAUAAUAAAUUAGAAAGAAAUAUUAUAUUAGAGAUUUUAUGAGUCUUCUUGAUCUUUUUCUCAAAGUGAUAUUAAUUGCUCAUAUAUGUGCUUGUAUUUGGAUAUUUACUGGAAAAUUUUCAGAAUUUUUGUAUGAAAAUAGUUGGAUUAGUAAAAAUUAACUUAUAAAUGAGUCAUGGUAUAUUUAGUAUUUAUAGUCUUUUUAUUUUUGUACUCUAACAAUGACUACUGUUGGAUAUGGAGACAUUGUACCUGUUACUCCUAUAGAAACAAUUGUUUGUAUUUUGAUGAUGUUGUUUGCUAGUGGUGUUUUUGGAUUUUCAAUAACUACAAUCAACGGAAUACUUGAACAAUUUUACAAAAAUAAACAUUAAAUUUUACAAAAAAUGUUUAUUAUAAAAAAUUAUAUGUAAAAAAAAUCCAUAAACUAAAUUUUACAAAGAGACAUCACAGAAUAUCUUGAAUAUGUGUGGAAGCAGAAUUAAAAUAAUUAUUCAGAAGAAGAAAACAAAAUGAUAAAACUACUUCCUCAUUAUUUAAGAAGUUAACUUUACGAAGAAUCAAAUAAAUUUUUAUUGAGGGAAAGUCCUAUAUUAUAUAAAAAUUUUAGUGAAGAUUUAUUAAAGGCUAUAGUGCCAAUGAUCUAGGAAAGAAGUUUUACUCCAAAUGAAUUAAUUUUUUAAAAUAAUGAAGAAAAUCUUGAAACGUGCUUGUAUUUUAUUUAAUAAGGAUAAGUAGAAAACUUUUUAUAACUUUAAGAGAAUGAAAUUCCUAUUGAUAAUUUUAAGAAAAAUAGUUAAAAGCAGAUAAAGAUAUUUAAAAAAGGAGAAUAUUUUGGAGAAAUUGAGUUUUUUACUGGUAAAAAACCCUAAACAAAUGUAAAAAGUAUGGAUUUUACUACAUUACUGAUAUUAAAUAGAAGUGAUUUCAUUAAAAUGUUACAGAAAUAUCCUUAGGAUUUAGAGCAGUAUUGCUAAAUCAGAGAUAAAAUUUUAUAUAAUAAUGACUAUUCUAAAAUAUUUUACUAAUGUUAUAGUUGUUGUAGAUUGCACAAUAAAAGUGACAGUGAUGAUAUUAAGAAUGUUACUCAAGAGAAAAUAGUUAGAAGUUCCUAUAAAUUUAAUGUGAUGUAUGCUGCAAUAUAAUAGUUAAUGAAGAAAAAAAAAUCAAUUUUAUUUAAAAAAAUAAUCGAAAUCCUAUAUAAAUUUAGCUCAGUCAAUCUUCUUUAAAUCAAAGCUAAGAAAAUUUAAACAUAAUUCAUAAUAGCUAAGUAUUUAGCAAAAAAGAAAGGAUAAAACUAGAAAAUCGAAAUAACUGAAUAUGAUAAUUAGAAUAAGUAACAAAAUAAUAAUUUAAUUUCAAAAACAUAAAAAAAUCAUAAUAAUGAAAACAAUAAUUUACCUCAAAUGUGUUCUAUGAACUUAAAAUUAAAUAGUUCUCUCAAAGUAUUAAGUUUGUCGAAUAUAGCAGCAGAUUUAGAAUAUUAAAAUGAUUAAAUUGUUGGUGCUUCUAUAAAUUAGAUUAGUUAAAACUACCAAAAUAUAAAUUAAAAUAAUUAAAGUGCUUUCGAAAAACAAAAAUGCUUCGAUUUUUACUUUCCUUUAAGUAAUUUUGAGUACGAUAGUCAAAAAAAUGCUAGAAGUUCUUUGUUUUCUUAAAAUAACACUAUUAUUUUUAGCAUGAAUCCUAGUUAGACUGUUUAGUCUCCAAUAACUUAAUAAAAAUAAUCAAAAUCUAAGAGUAACUUUGAAUCAAAAACAGUAAAUUAAUCAUUAGAAAAUUUAGAUGAAAAUGAAUCAUAAUAUUUUAAAAUUCAAAAUCAAUUCUAAAGCGAAAAAAAAAAUGUUGAUUCCGAAUUUUUUGGAAAUGAGGAUUCUAAAAAUAAUUAAAACUUAACUAACUAAUUGAGUUAAAAUUUUAACUAAAUAUAAGGAAAAAGUAAGUCGGGAAAUUAAAAUAUUGAUUUUUCUGAAAUUUAUGAUUCAAAAUUUAAAGAUUAAUAUUAUGAUAUUUAUUAAAAAUAUCCUUAAUCGCCUUAAAGCAUUUUGAAAUAGAGAGUAGAUGAUGAAUAUAUAAGUAGCUCUCCUAUGAUAGAAAGCAAAAUCUUGAAAUUCAAUUUUUCACAAAUUCCUUGCAUUGAUGUAUUUAAGUACAAUAGUUAGUAAGAAAAUUAAAAUUCUUGA